AUGUGCCGCACGUACGCCUUGAGGCCUACCGGCUUGUCCUUUAGUGUUUCUGGACAGGCAGCUAGAAGUGCAGUGGGUGGGUGCAGAGCUGAGCUGAAGCUUCCCCGCUACCGCUGCCGCAGGCUGCACGGCAGCUACGAGUCGCUGGCGGGCGGGCACGCGCUCGAGGCGCUCGUCGACCUGACGGGCGGCGUCGCCGAGAAGCUGCGCUCGUCGGCCGCGCUCUACCCGCUGCUCAGGGACGCCUUCGCGCGCGGGGACCUCGUCACCUGCGCCAAGAAGGGCAACUGGGCGUCCAUGUCGGCGAGUAGGCCCGCGGUGACGGAGAGCGGCCUGGCGCGCGGCCACGCCUACACCGUGCGGGAGGUGCGCCAGGUGCGGCAGGCCGGCCGGCGGCCGCUGCGCAUGGUGCGCGUGCGCAACCCCUGGGCCGACCACCGCGAGUGGACCGGCGCCUGGAGCGACGGGGACGGGCGCUGGCAGCUGCUGGACGAGGAGACGCGGCGCCAGAUGGGCGCCCUGCAGCCGGCGCCGGACGGCGAGUUCUGGAUGGAGUUCUCCGACUUCCAGCGACACUUCUCCGAGAUCACCGUCGCCACGCUCGUGCCCGACCUCGACUGCGACGCCGACGGCGUGGAGGUGUGCCACGGGGAAUGGGUGGCGGGGCGCAGUGCAGGCGGCUGCCGCAACGACAUCAGCAAGUUCACUACCAACCCGCAGUUCCUGCUCACGCUCACCACCUCCGACGGCGACGAUGUGGGCGAUGGCGCUGAUGUUGGUGACGGAGGUGGCGGUGGCGGCGUCGAGGGGUGCGGCGUGCUGGUGGCGCUGAUGCAGGAGCUGCGGCGGGCCGAGCGCAGCCGCCUGCUGCGGGCGCUGCCCAUUGCCGUCUUCCUCUACAAGGCUGGGGAGCCGCCGGUUCGCCGGCUGGACGCGGCGCACUUCGAGAAGGCGGCGGAGGUGAGCAGCUCCGGGCCGUUCGUGAACAGCCGCGAGGUGGUGUGCCGCGCGCGCCUGCCCGCGCCCGCCGCCUACGUGCUGGUGCCGGCCGCCUUCCACCCGGGCCACGGCAGGGCGUUCAUGCUGCGCGUCUUCUCUCAGCGGCCCUUCCACCUCCACCCGCUGCGCCCGGACUAG